AUGAAUGAUUUGGAUGACACAUCCAUAUUAUCGAAUAUCAAAGAACGUUUUCAACGUAAACAAAUUUAUACGUAUGCAUCAAAUGUUUUAAUCUCUUUAAACCCGUAUGGAACAUUUGAUGGUCUCUAUGGACCGCGAGAAAUGGAUAAAUAUUUGGCUAUCAACACGUUUUCCGAACAACCACCACAUGUUUAUGCGAUCGCAAACGAAGCUCUGAAUAACUUGAGGAUGCACAACAAGUCCCAAUCAAUAUUGAUUACGGGUGUAUCAGGUUCCGGUAAAACGGAAAAUGGGAAGCAUAUCAUGGAAUUGUUGUGUCAAACAUCUGUUAGCUCGCGAAAUGUGUCCAAAGCGAUCCCGAUUCUCGAAGCAUUUGGAAAUGCCAAAACGCGCGGAAACUCGAAUAGUUCCAGAUUUUGCAAAAAUGUUGAGUAUCUUCCGGAUAAAGAUUUGGUGUUGAAACCGAAUGAAGACACAACGUUCUACAGCAGAUUCAAUAUUGUGGAUGAAAAUUUGAGUGGACUUGGCUUUACAAUAAACAAUAAGAAGAGCAUUUAUAUAAUUCUGGCAGCAAUUCUGAAUUUGGGAAAUAUUCAGUUUGAAUCAUUGACCGAUGAUGACAGUUGCAAUGUCACAAUUGCAUCCAACAUUUAUUUAUGCAAUGCUGCAGCUUUAUUGGGCGUUGACGAACGGGAACUGGCGGAUGGUUUGACUAGCCUUACUCUAGAAAUGGGCAAUCAACGAAUCAAAUCUCCUUUGACUACAAUUGCUUCUGAAAAGGCAAGGGAUAGUUUAGCGACAGGUCUAUAUGGCAAAAUGUUUGGCCAAAUGAUGCAAAUAAUUAAUAAUCAUCUAUCGUCAUCUUCUGUAAAUUAUUCGAUUAGCAUAUUAGACAUUGCUGGAUUCGAUACAGCAAUGAAAACUUUGGUUUUUCAAUGCGAAAACCCUGAAGAUGUACCCAGAUUGUAUGAAGAACUACUAAAUAUUGGUGGAAUCAAAGACUGGUACCCAUCUCAAGAUCCGGAAAUAAGUUGGCAACCUGGUAGUGUACAAUUUGAAACAUUCGAGCAGGCGUUUGCUGUAUUGACAAAAGGUGUAUCAAUAAAAAAUCUUGAUGACAAGUUAAAUGAUGACUGCAUCUGUGAGGUCAUAAAAUACAUCGAUAUUCUACACCUCAUUCACUUCGCACAACUUAAUGUUCGAUUCAAAGCCUUAACAGAGAUCAGUUUCUUGCACCCACGCAUUUUCCCAUCUACGGUCGGUUCAAUGGGAUUAAUCAAUUUUCGAUAUUUGCUUGAAAUGAUUUUAUUCCGAUGCUUUCAAAAGAUGUAUAUUAAGGACAAUUCAUAA